UAUAGAUAUAAUAGAUAAAUUACACAUCAGAGAGUAAUUUAUUAAAAUAAUUAUCACUAAUUUAUAGCAAUUAAUGUAAAACUAAUCAUUAUCAUACCAAUAAGCGUAGUUUAAAAAUUAAUUAUAAUUAUCCACUGCUUAGAUUUAAUAAUAAGUCCAACAAUUAUAAUAUAGCGUCGAUCGAUUACAAAACUCGUGUCCAUUUUGGAUACACACAAUCCUGCUUAGUUCUCUAUAUUUCUUCUGCUCUGUGCAUAUAAAAUAUGAAAUGUCAAAUUAUUUGUAAAUAUUGAAUGGAGAUAAAAAUCCAAGAAUAAUUUCGAUCUAGACUUGUGUUAUUUGUGUGAACAAUGGCAGAUUAUGUGGCGUGUCGAAUAUGCCUCGCAACGGACAAUGUUAAGCUCUACGACAUGUUUAAAUAUAAUUUUGUCCAAGCAUACGAAAUUCUAACUGGAAACCAGUUCACCAAUCUAAGAGGUAUGCCAUACCACAUCUGCAGCUACUGCAGCGCCCAGCUGCUCAAGUGUGUGUCCUUCAGGGAGAAGUGCUGCACCACCCAGCAGAUACUGCUCGAUGCUGUGCAGCAGCAGGAGCUGACACUAGACAAUCUGCGAGCUAUAAACCCACAGUUUGUGAUUAACUUGGCGCGCGUGACUCACUACCCCACAUCGACCAUAGAGAACAUAGAGGUAGAGAUUAAAGAAGAAGUAGACACCAUAGAUUAUGCCGAAUUCCAAGAGAAGGAAGCCAAGCCGAAGAAACGGAAAAAGAAGAAAAUUAAACAGGAACUAGAGGACAUAGUGAAACUGGAAGAGGAUCUCAAAGAGGACCACAUAUAUGAUGACAUAGACCAACUCGACAUUGCAUAUGAGAGUGACAUCAACCAAGAUGAACCACCAAUGUCUGAUGAACUUAAAGACGUUGAGGUGGUCUAUUUGAGCAAAGAGGACCAGAUGGCAGAGAUAGAGCAACGAAAGAGCUCCUCAAACUAUAUCAACUCUUUUUAUAAAUGCGACAAGUGUUUCAAAGGAUUUAUAACUGAUGCCACUUAUAGGAAUCACAUGAUGCGGCAUGAUAAGGAGAGGGGCAAGCACGUCUGCGAGAUCUGCCAGUCCCGCUGGGCGGAGGCGCGGCAGCUGCGCACGCACGUGGUCAACUCGCACGAGCGCAAGUACUUGUGCAAGCUGUGCGACCACGUGUCCAGGUCCAGUAAUCGAGCAAAGGAGCACUCGAACUGGCACAACGGAUUCACAUUUGACUGCAAGAUAUGCGGCGCCAGCUUUGCCAAGUCGACGAGUCACCUGACUCACAUCCGUCUGCAGCAUCCGUCCAGCCACGCGUGUGACAUCUGCGGAGAGUCCUUCAUCGGAGAGUUCGGCCUGAGGAUGCACAAGCGGAAAGCUCACAGCUCGAGCCCGCCAUCCAGCUGCGCGCAGUGCAACACCAAGUUCCAGAGCGUGGACGCGCUCGCCAGGCACCGGGACCUGGCGCACGACAGCGCCUGCGACGCUGACAUGAGGCCGUGUCCAGUCUGCGGCGAGGGGUUCCCCUCGGAGCAGGAGCUGAAGGAGCAUCUGCAGCACCAGCACAAGGACGAGACCGUGCGCUGCGAGGACUGCAAGAGGAGUUUCUCUAGCGCGCGUUCGUACGCGACGCACUACCAGCGCGUGCACCUCGGCGUCAAGCUGCGGCAGAACAAGCCGCGCACUCUGAAGCGGGCCGGCGAGAGCGUCGUGUGCGAGAUAUGCGGCAAGAAGUGCAUCACAAAGGCCACGCUGACGUAUCACCAGCGCAUACACACCGGAGAGAGACCGUUCCAGUGCACCGAGUGUCCCAAGAAGUUCAGCGUCUUCCAGAGGCUGCAGAUCCACCUGCGCACGCACACUGGCGAGAGCCCGUACCAGUGUAAGCACUGCCCCAAGGCCUUCAAACACAAGGCGGCACUCAACAGGCACGACCGGGUACACACGGGGGCGAAGCCCUACAGCUGCGCGCACUGCGGCAAGGCGUUCUCGCAGUCCAACAGCAUGAAGCUGCACGUCAGCACGGUGCACCUCAAGCUGCCGGCGCCCUACCGCGCGCGCCGCGCCAAGCUCGUGUGAACUUACUGUACAGGGUACUCGGGCCAAGCUUGUGUGAACUGUACUAUACAGGGUGCUCGGGCCGAGCUUGUGUGAACUGUGUUAUACAGGGUGCUCGGGCCGAGCUUGUGUGAACUGUACUGUACAGGGUGCUCGGGCCGAGCUUGUGUGAACUGUGUUAUACAGGGUGCUCGGGCCGAGCUUGUGUGAACUGCGUUAUACAGGGUGCUCGGGCCAAGCUUGUGUGAACUGCGUUAUACAGGGUGCUCGGCCCAAGCUUGUGUGAACUGUGUUAUACAUAUAUUAUGACCUAGCCAAACUUAUUCAUUGAUAAAUAUCAUGAAGUAGCUUACUAGUGAAGUGCAGAGCCAGUUGCAAUAUCUCGUCUUACCACUACGAUUACGUAUUAUAAAAUGCAAGGAUAGAUAAAGGCGUGUGUUACAUGGAUAGUCGGAAUUAUUUGAAUUACUUUGUAUGAAAACAUUAAAAGUUUUAUUUAUUAGUUAAAAAUAUAUUAUUUAUGCAGUUUGGCUCUUAUAAGUGGACUCGUCAACACCUUGAAGUUAUGGAAAAUGCUCCCGAGCACCCUGUAUAUGCUGUACUGUACUAUAUACUAUAUUAUGAUGAAUACAAGUAUUAUGUAUGUA